AUGCUACAGAAGGUAUGGCCCAAAAAAGAUAACAGAACACCAAAUGCUCCACCAAAAUAUACAGAAGCAGCAAAAAGUUACGUGAGGAGCUUCAUUGAAAAACUUCCUGCAGUGCCGUCGCACUAUAACAGAAAAAGGACUAACAGAACGUAUCUCCCACAAGAACUGAAGAACGUAACAAACUUAUAUCGUAUUUAUUUAAAAGAUUGCAAUGAAACCGGCCAAGAAAAUGUUAGUGAGACUGUAUUCAGAAGUAUUUUUAGGGAAUACAAUAUCAGCUUCCAUAUUCCAAAAAAAGAUAAAUGCAUAACAUGUAUCAACGCUGAAAACAACAAAGAAACCAUGACUGAUAUUGAUAAAGAGUCGAUGAAUGCACAUAUUGAAGAAAAAAAUGCUACAAAACCGAGAUUCAAGAUCCAUCAAAAUCUAAGGACAUUAAAUAAUGAAACAAUCGUUUCUAGUUUUGACUUACAGAAAGUUUUAAACACACCGCAUGGGGAAAGUAUGCUGCUAUAUUAUUCUCGUAAAUAUGCAGUUUACAACUUAACAUUUUAUGAAAGUGGUACACAGGACGUUUAUUGUUACACAUGGGGAGAGUGUGAUGGCAAACGUGGGAGCAAUGAAAUAGCUACUUGCCUGUUGAAGUAUCUAGAUGUGAUGGACAGAAAAGGCACAAAGCACCUAAUACUGUACUGCGACUCAUGUAGCGGCCAAAAUAAAAACAAAAUAGUGCUGGCUGCUGUGAAUAAUUUUAUCAAGACGGCUACUAAUUUGGAAGUCAUACAACUUAAUUACCUGCUGCCAGGGCACACUUAUAUGCCUGUCGAUGCAGUACAUGCAGUGAUAGAAAGAGAGGUCAAAAAUCUAAUAGUUUAUGCUCCUUCGCAAUGGGCGACCUACUUUGAAUCCGCCCGCAAAAGACCACGGCCAUACAAAGUUCACUCACUGGAUCACACAGAUUUUCUUAACUUAGAUGACUUAGCUGCAAAGACAUUCACAUCAGCAACAUUAAAAAAACUAAAAUGCAAACAAGUAAGAAUCGCCACAUUUAAAAAGAAAAAUCCAAACCAAAUGUUUGUUAAAUACUCGAUGAAACAAGAAUCAGUCUCUCAUACAGUAAUAUUAUGUGAAAACAUAUCAAGGAAGGGAAAGGAAAGAAAAGGGAAAGGACAGUUAAAAGGGAAAAAAGACAAGCAAAUAAAAAUUAAUGAGGAGGCAAGUAGGGCAGGCGGAGUUUUGUACGAUUCCAAAUUAAAAAUAAGUAGUAUGAAAUACCGAGACCUAAUACGUCUUUGUGAUACCGGAGCCAUUCCAAAAAAGAUUUCACGAAGAAUAUCAUAA